ACCAACUCCUCCUCUAUCAUGGAUACAGGCAACUAUGUUGAAAUGAAUGAUACAAUAACCCACAUAUACUCUAAAGUGCAGAUACAAGAUAUCACUAAGGAGCUCCACUGCCCACUGUGUAAUGACUGGUUUCAUGAUCCACUGAUGCUAAGCUGUGGCCACAACUUCUGCCAGGCCUGUAUCCAAAACUUUUGGAAGCAGCAAGCAAAGGAAACCUUCUGUCCUGAGUGUAAGAUGCUAUGUCAAUAUAGCAACUGUACAUUCAACACUGUAGUGGAGAAGCUGAUAGACAAGAUUAAGAAGCUACCCUUAUUCAAGGGCCAUCCACAGUGCCCAGAACAUGGCGAGAACCUGAAACUGUUCAGUAAGCAGGAAGGGAAACUGAUCUGCUUUCAAUGUAAGGAUGUUCGAUUGUCUGUGGGGCAGUCUAAGGAAUUCCUGCAGAUCUCUGAUGCUGUCCGUUUCUUCACGGAGGAGCUUGCCAGCCAUCAGAGUCAACUGGAGGCAGCCCUGAAGGAGCUUCAGUCCCUGAGAAACAUGCAGAAGGAUGCUAUUGCUGCUUACAAGGAAAACAAGCUACAUCUGCAGAAACACAUCUCUUUGGAGUUUCUAAAGAUGCAUCAGUUCCUGCACAGCAAAGAAAAUGAAGUUUUAAAUGAACUCCAGGAAGAGGGGAAAGCCUUGAAUGAGGAGAUGGAACUGAAUCUGAACCAACUUCAGGAGCAGUGUCUCCUAGCCAAGGAGAUGUUGGUGAACAUCCAGGCCCAAAUGGAACAGCAGGACUCCUUCACCUUUCUCAAAGACAUCACAACUCUCUUGAAUAGUUUGGAACAAGGAAUGAGCAUGCUGGCACCCAGAGAGCUGAUCUCCAAAAAGCUGAACCUGGGGCAGUUCAAAGGUCCUAUCCAGUACAUGAUAUGGAGGGAAAUGCAAUCCACCCUUUCUCCAGGCCUAUCUGCAUUAACUCUGGACCCUAAAACAGCUCACCCAAAUUUGGUGCUCUCUAAAAAUCGAACAAGUGUGUGGCAUGGUGACAUUAAGCAAGUAAUGCCCGAUGAUCCAGAGCGGUUUGACUCAAGUGUAGCUGUGCUGGGCUCAAAAGGCUUCACAUCUGGAAAGUGGUACUGGGAAGUAGAAGUGGCAAAGAAGACAAAAUGGACAGUUGGAGUUGUCAGAGAAUCCAUUAUUCGAAAGGGCAGUUGCCCUCUAACUCCUGAACAAGGAUUCUGGCUUUUAAGACUAAGGAACCAAACUGAUCUAAAAGCUCUGGAUUUGCCUUCUUGCAGUCUGAAACCGACUAACCUCAACAAAGUGGGCAUAUACCUGGAUUAUGAAGGAGGGCAGGUGUCCUUUUACAAUGCUAAAUCCAUGACCCACAUUUACACCUUCAGUAGCACUUUCCUUGAGAAACUAUAUCCCUACUUCUGCCCCUGCCUGAAUGAUGGUGGAGAGAAUAAAGAACCAUUGCAGAUCUUACACCCACAGUAAUUUGUCAUGCUGUUAUAACAAUUCAGUGUGUUAUUAAAGAAGGUAUUGAAAUA